GUUUGUGGUCCGUGUGAUGUGCUCCGUGCUGGGCCUGUUGGUGCGGCAGAGUGACCUGCGGCCGCGCGGGGCCGGUGCCAGGGUCUUCAUCGCCAACCACGUCACACACUUCGACCACAACGUCGUCAGCCUCCUCACCCCCUGCAACACGCCUGCCCUGAACGGAGCCCCAGGGUUCCUCUGCUGGUCCCGGGGGUUCAUGGAGCUGGGAGUGACAGGCAGCCGCUCGGAGCUGGUGGAUUCCCUGAAGGUGUACUCGUCUCACCACGGAAACCCUCCACUGCUGCUGUUCCCAGAGGAGGCAGCCACCAACGGCCGGGCCGGGCUGCUCCGCUUCAGCUCCUGGCCAUUCUCAAUCCUGGAUGUGGUCCAGCCCGUUGCCCUCCAGGUCCGGAGGCCAUUGGUUGCUGUGAGCGUGGCUGACUCCUCCUGGAUCACAGAGCUGCUCUGGACCUUCUUUGUUCCCUUCACAGUAUAUCAAGUAAG